AUGGUUGAGAACAAAUUUUUGAAAUUUCUGAGUUUCAUGUGGAACCCCCUGUCAUGGGUUAUGGAAGCAGCAGCAGUGAUGGCAAUUGUCCUUGCCAAUGGUGGAGUCCUUAGAGAUGGUCAUUGGCAAGAGGAAGAUGCAGCUAUUCUAUCAGCUCUUACUGGAGAAUCACUGCCUGUAACCAAGAGGACAGGUGAUGAAGUUUUUUCUGGUUCAACAUGUAAGCAUGGAGAGAUUGAAGCUGUGGUGAUAGCAACUGGAGUUCACUCUUUCUUUGGAAAGGCUGCACAUCUCGUUGAUUCCACCGAAGUUGUUGGUCACUUCCAGAAGGUGGCACGUGCACACAUCACAGAAGUCCAUUUUCUGCCUUUCAACCCAGUGGACAAGCGCACUGCAAUUACAUACAUUGACUCUAAUGGCAACUGGUAUCGGGCCAGCAAAGGGGCCCCUGAGCAGAUUGUGAAUCUCUGUGAAGAGAAAGAAGAGAUUGCUGGAAAAGUUUAUGCCAUUAUUGAAAAAUUUGCGGAACGUGGUUUGCGGUCCCUUGGAGUUGCUAUUCAGGAAGUUCCUGAAAAAUCAAAGGACAGCCCUGGGGGUCCAUGGAAAUUUUGUGGCUUGUUGCCUUUGUUUGAUCCUCCCAGGCAUGAUAGUGCUGAAACCAUUCGUAGAGCACUCAAUCUUGGGGUUAAUGUCAAGAUGAUCACAGGUGAUCAAUUGGCAAUUGCAAAGGAGACAGGUCGACGGCUUGGCAUGGGAACGAAUAUGUAUCCCUCUUCAGCAUUAUUGGGCCGGGAAAGGGAUGAAAAUGAAGCUCUACCAGUUGAUGAACUCAUUGAGAAGGCUGAUGGCUUUGCUGGUGUAUUUCCUGAACAUAAGUAUGAGAUUGUGAAGAUUCUACAAGAAAAGCAGCAUGUUGUCGGAAUGACUGGAGAUGGUGUCAAUGAUGCACCUGCUUUAAAGAAAGCAGAUAUUGGAAUAGCAGUGGCAGAUUCUACAGAUGCAGCAAGGAGUGCUUCUGAUAUUGUCUUGACAGAGCCAGAAAGGGAUGCUUUUAGCAUUGUGGCAGCACUUGGUUUUGAGUGGCAAAGAUCAAAAGCCCAUAAUGCCCUUCAGAGAACCACCAAUGCACUUUCUCAUACACUAAUGCGUGGUGAAUGUAUUUAUGCUGUCUCCAUUACUAUUCGGAUUGUGCUUGGUUUUAUGCUUCUGGCUCUGAUAUGGGAAUACGACUUCCCGCCUUUUAUGGUUCUGAUAAUAGCAAUAUUGAAUGAUGUAUGGAGAGCUCAUCUAGUUCACAGAAAGAUAGGGAGAGAAUAUGCUCAAACAUCCCAAAAUAGAACUAUUAUGACUAUUUCCCAAGACAGGGUCAAACCAUCCCCAAAACCAGAUAGUUGGAAGCUUAAUGAAAUAUUUGCAACUGGCAUUGUUAUUGGCACUUAUCUUGCCUUAGUCACUGUCUUGUUUUACUGGGCUGCUGGAAGCACUUCUUUCUUUGAGAACCAUUUUGGUGUGAGGUCCCUCUCUGGAAAUACAGAAGAAAUCUCCUCAGCUAUAUAUCUACAAGUCAGCAUUAUCAGUCAAGCUCUUAUAUUUGUAACCCGCAGUCAAAGUUGGUCAUUUUUGGAGAGGCCUGGGGUUCUCCUUAUGUGUGCAUUUGUGGUUGCACAAUUGGUUGCUACCCUGAUUGCAGUCUAUGCAAAUAUUAGCUUUGCUUCCAUUAGUGGCAUUGGAUGGGGCUGGGCAGGGGUUAUAUGGCUAUAUAGUUUGAUCUUCUACUUUCCUCUCGAUAUUAUCAAGUUCGCCAUCCGCUAUGCUUUAAGUGGACAAGCCUGGAAUCUACUUUUUGAUAGGAAGACGGCUUUCACCUCCAAAAAGGAUUAUGGGAAGGAAGAUAGAGAAGCUAAAUGGGUACUUUCCCAAAGAACUCUCCAAGGGUUAAUGUCUGGAGAGUUUGAACUCAACGGAAGGAGGACUUCUCUAAUAGCUGAACAGGCGAGAAGACGAGCUGAAAUAGCUAGGCUAGGAGAAAUACACACGUUGAAAGGACAUGUAGAAUCUGUAGUGAGGCUAAAAAAUUUGGAUAUGAGCUCGAUUCAGGCAGCUCAUACAGUUUGA